AUGGAUCCAGCUUACUCGAAGAAGAAAAUCAUUGACCUGACCGACGCCGAGCUCGUUGCACUGGGUUUUAUGGGCGAAGAUGCUCCGCGAGACGUUGCAAUGAUUGUUGAACAAGUGAGAGGCUCUCCCCAGCGCCUCGGCUCUAUAACGUGCUACAUGGUCGAUAUCCUCAGACGCCAAGCCAUAGGCGAAAUACCAAGGAGCUUACCCCCAGCGCUGCCUCCUCCAGCUAUGUUUAACGUCUCUGAGCUUGAUUCUGGUACCACGGAAUCUCUCGUGGCCCCCCCCCCCGAGCUCAUGUGGCGCUCCGAUAAAGGGACGAACCCGUUCAUUACUCUUUCGCCUGGCGCCGAGUCCUUCCAUCUCCCAAUCAAGACUGUCCAUGGUGUCUACAACGUGCCACUUAGCUAUGUGUGGGACAAUGUGGCCCCGAAAAUUAUAGAGACGAUGAAAGCUCGCGGGAUCAAGUACUCUUCUAUGAGCACUGCUCGUUUCUCAAUCGAGAAGGAGGAUGGCUGCGACGGACCUUUGGGGCCUGUUGUCAUCUGGAUCGCUGUUCAUCCUGGCACUACCGACGUAGAGAGUGUUCGUGGCGCGACGCCAGACAUUUGCCGCAUUCUCGCUGACUUCAAUAUCACCGAUACUGUCGUCGAGUGGUAUGAAGGGGCAAUCACCCGGCUUGGUGGUUAG